UUGUUUCCUAAGACGGCUAUGAAGAUGUUUCACAUAAAGGCUUGGGCUGAGUAUGUUGUGGAAUGGGCUGCAAAGGACCCUUAUGGUUUUCUUACAACAGUUAUUUUGGCUCUCACCACACUAUUCCUAGCAGGUGCCAUCCCAUCCUGGAAAUUGGCCAAGAUGAUUGAAGCCAGAGAGGAGGAGCAAAAUAAGAAACAAAAACAACAAGAAAAUAUUGCAAAAGCUAAACAACUAAAAAAGGAA